AUGAAAAUUGUGUGGAUUCUAGCAGCGCUCGCCGCUGCAGCCUGCUGCAACGCGGAAAGCAUCAGCGAAAACGAGGCCUGGGAAGUGAUACGAGCCAACAAGGACAACGACACGGCGCUGCACACCAUCUACGCUCCGCCGUGGACCUACGUCUUGACUUUGUUCGCCUUCAUCUACACGGCUCUGCAUCUCAAUGUGCCGGCCAAGACCGACUUCCUAAGCCUUCUCGUGACGAGGACGAAGUGGGUUAUUAUGGCUCUCAUCCCGCCCGGAACUUUCGACUUCAAUCUAAGAUAUGCCUUUUUCGUGGUCAUGGGGGAAGCUAAGUUUACCGACCGAGCUUUUCGACGGGAACACUCACCUGAACCCGGACGGUAUCUCGAGCUGGCGAAAAGGGACUGCUGGGUAUACAUCAAGCGAGAAAGGAUCGCUGCCAAGAGCAAAGCAAACGUGCUGCAGAAGGCUCUCGUUUUGCUCCAAGUCUCGUAUACGGCCGCAACCUGCGUCAAUCGCCGAGCAUAUGGUCCCCCAAUUACGUCGCUUGAGCUUCAUACAAUGGUGCACGUCAUCUGCGCUGUUGCCAUGUAUAAACCACUGGACGUUUCCGAGGCGGAGCUGGUGUAUGACGCUGAGUGGGACAAGGUGCUCGCAGUCCUCAUUCAGAGGUGGAAAUACCGCCAAGCACCCGACAUCUUUUAUAUACGCCCUUCUCUCCAAAACGACGAGCGACUUGGUAACUGGCAAUUCUGGAUACCCAAUACUGACCCCAAGGGCUUGGCGGUAUGGAAUGCGGUGGUAGCCGGCUUUGACGCGCAAUGGGGCCGUGGCACGGUCGAGAUCAAGACCGGCCCCAUGAGCAACGGAACAGGACUGACGAAGCUGGUAAAUCUUCAAGGCUUCCCCGUCAUUGAAUGUCUGUCCGAGGCCGGGGAUCUUGGCUUAUCCUAUUUCAAUGCAUUCCUCGAUAUCGAGAUGAUGCUCAUCGCUGUGCAGCAAACUGCAUUCCUCGUCCUGCUUGCCGUUGCGUUUGCUGCUGUAUACGGCGGAGUGCACUUGAGCGCUUCGAGUUUCGAAUUCCCCACGGCCGUCGAGUGUUUGCAAUGGAAGAUCAUGUGGUUCAUCAUUAUUGGGGUCAUUCCUGCCAUGGUUGGCACAAUGGCGAUUACUUGGGAGGAUCGUAUCCCGAUCAACCUGAUAAGUGCAUGCUACAUGACUCUUGAGAUCGUCAUUCGGGCUGCGUAUGGCUGCGCAAGACUCUACAUCGUGCCAACCGGACUGUACUACACUCCGCCACGGCUUCUGAUGGUUCCACAUGCUUGA